CUGAUUAUAAUAAAACACUUGCCUUGCAAAAUAAUAGGAGCUGCAUUUAUAACACCAUACAAAACUUAUUGGCGAAAUGCAACUAACAAUUGCUCAAUUGAAACGCCUACAAUCAUGUUCAAGGGAACGGGGAAGGAUCUACCCAUAGCCGUGAAUGCUAGUAUUAUUGGACACGAAGCUGUGUGGGUAGGAUAUUAUCUAGCAGCUACAGCCUUCCAUUAUGUUGGUUGUAUAAAAAAGGAAAAUAUGGCUGCAAUUGCCGAGUUUGAAUACAACACUCCGGGUUUGUGUUACUCUGCAUGCAACAUGACAUAUUCGAUUGGUGUCAGUGAGUCAAAAUGUUACUGCUUUAACAACACUAUUCCAUCAGACAGGACAUAUCACUUAUGUACCCAGGGUUGUAAAACGCAAAUGAAUAUUGCUUGCGGCAGCAACAAUUACAUUUCAAUUUACACUAUUUACUCGUACGCAAAUCUUUUCAGUGGAAGUGGGAGGUGUCUUCAAUAUGAGUUCAAAAAUUAUACGUCCACAUGGAUGUGGGAAAACUGCGGAUCAGGAAAUCAGAUCAUAUGUAGAUUUAAUGAUACGUAUAUUAUUGAAAUAUAUAAGGAAAAUGGAAACAUAAAAAAGAAGUGGUGGAGACCAUCAAUGAACGAAUGUUUUAAAUUGUCGAAAUUACCAACAUCAGUCAAAGACCUGGAACAUCUUGAAAGAGGAACUAACCUUGGGAAAUCAUGGGCUGGUGUCAUUUCAAGUGACGUUAUUUACAGAAGCGAUCACGAAGCUCCGUAUAUGGAGUUGAAACAGUUUGGCUACCUUCAAAGAAACGAGACAAAUGACAUUGUAUUAUUAAAAUUUGAUAAAGAAAACAAAAUCCAAAGAUUCACACUUUGUAAAAAUGAAUCAGCAAAAAGGCCAGGUGAUGAUAAAUCUAAACAAACAAAAACAGACCAAGUUAGUGCAACAAUAGCCACAGAUAUUGGCAUCGCUGUAGGUGUUUCCGUAGCCAUCUUCAUUACCGUUGUAACUAUUGUUGUAGGAUUUAUAAUAAUAAGAAGAGGGAAGGUGCCGUCUUUAUGUUGCAAAAAAGCACUGCAUGACCAAUCUUCAAAAAGCACAAUGAAUACAUUCAUAGUUAACAACUCCAACACAAUACCUCUUGAAUGUCACAAGGGAAAGGUUGGCGAAGUUAUUCCGCAAACAGCCAUUGUAUCAGAAGAUGAUGUCCUGGAAAAUAGCGGACAUCGUCCACAUGAUAACUUUAUUCUUGAAAAGACUGAAACUGAUUAUAGUACAACUUAUGAAAUUGCGGAUUCAAAUUCAUGUCAAGUUGAAGUAAAUGUGUAUAAUACAUUGACGUCAAGUGUAAAACUAGGUGGUAACUUUGACAAUACAUACGAUACAGCAGAGAAAGCAGCUAUGAAGCUAAAGCCCAAGCAUGGUGAAAAGGAUAAAUCCUUUGCAAAUGAAACGAUGGAGGAAACAGAUGACGAUCCUUACAAUCAUUUAUAUGAAGGUGAACAAUUAUUGAAAAAUGUCAGAACAGAUCAUGUUUAUGGUGUAACACAAUAUGAUGAAUAUGCAAACUGCAGAAAAAGUCUCGGAAAACAUCUUCAGGAUGUUGAAGAUACGUACAAUCAUACAAUUACAUCUCCGGAUGCUCAGGAUUUUCAAGACGUUUACAAUCAUACAAACCAAACUUCAGGACGUUAACUUACAAUUAUACAAGCACACAUUGUUAUCAAUAACAUAAAAGACAUUAUGCAAACAAACAAAUAUUUUAAUCGCAUGCCUGUCUCAAUGACGGAUAAUAUGCUUUUAAUACAUAUACAUAUAUAUUUUUUAUGCAUUUGAUUUUUGUGCCAGUUCUGUUUCUCUUUUUACUUUUAUAGUUUCAUGAAUUUAACAUGCUUUGUAUUCAAAAUUAUGAAACAAUACCAGAGUAUACAACAUAUGAUGAAGUAAAACGAAAGUAAUUGCCUAAUGCUAUUUCCUAAGAAAUAAUGCCGGUCUUUUAUUACAGAAAUUUGUAUAGCAUGAUGACAUGACCAUCAAAAGAACAGACGAUAUAACUCAUUGUUUAGCGAUCCGUCUUGUUACAAUCUCUUGUAAAGUCUUAGUUGAAAUGCAGACGAAAAACAAAAUGAAUUUGACAAUAAAGCAAAACACCUGACUCUUCUGA